AUGCAACUAGCAUCAAUUAUCCUAGCUUUCCUUAUAGCCUCAUUUUUUUCUAUUGCCGUUCCAAUCCAAUUAUCUGACAAUCUUGCCAAUUCCAGGCAAGAAAUUCCGAAAGAAGCUGUCAUUGGUUAUUUAGAUUUUGGUAGUCAACGUGAUAUCACGUUGCUACCCUUUGCAAAUAGUACUACUAGCGGGCUAUUAUUUGCAAACAGCACGCUUCUUGAACAAGCUUCUGUGGGGAACAAUCGAACAUUGCUAAAGAGAGAAGCCAAAUGGCAUUGGUUAAGUUUGGAUGCUGGUCAACCAUUAUAUAAGAGAGAUGCUAAGCCUCCAAAAUGGGGGAAUUUCAAAUUCUGGAAUCCUACACCAGUGAAUACGUUCUUCCCUGAUGACCCGAUGGCAGACAUCUAA